AUGCAAACAUCACCAAGUGAAUACCAGAAAGCGACCCCGGACAAACAGGUGAGGUAUCCUCAGUAUAUCUCGUUGCAAAUGUUACCUUCGUUUCUGCUUGAAUUCUUCAGCAUACACGGAUAUCGGUUUCCGAACAAGUCGGAAUUCAAUUUACUUUCGCCCAAGAUAUAUAUAUAUAUCUUCCUGUCAACCCCAUCGCACCCGCUUCAACAAACAGAACCCAACAAAAUGGCCACCACAAACGGAACAAACGGCGCCACCAAGAGCAUCAGACUCUUCAAUGCAGAGUCCGCCAAACUAUCCGACUUCCAACAAUUCUGCUCCCGCACCACCAACCCAGCCGAGUACCCACUAGCAUCCUCCAUCACGCACAACAUCCCCAUCUACGAAAUUAGCAAAUUCGACCCAGCAAACGCAUCGACUACGUCCGCUCUACAGGAUGAAUGGUAUGAUAUCCUUGCCACAGGACCAGGUGUCUUCGUCCUGAAGGGCAUGUACGACCCGUCCAAGUACGAACAAACCCUCACCGCGACAAAUGAAUCCUUCGAGCGCAUAAUCGCCCGUGAACGCAAUGACCCCACAAAACCCAAAGGUGACCAUUUCGCAGCAUCAGGGAAGAACGAUCGCGUCUGGAACUCCUUUGGCAAACAUGCCCUCGACGAUCCUGACUCGUUUCUACACUACUACGCGAACCCCUGGCUUUCCGUUGUCAGCGAGGCCUGGCUGGGCCCCGGUUACCGGGUGACUGCGCAGUGUAAUAUCGUGAAGCCGGGCGGGAAGGCGCAGGAUAGUCACCGGGACUAUCAUCUGGGUUUUCAGGAUUUGGACGCCUGUGCGAAGUUCCCGAGAGGUUUGCAUCUGGCGAGUCAGUUUUUGACGCUGCAGGGUGCUGUUGCGCAUAGUGAGAUGCCGGUUGAGAGCGGACCGACGAGGUUCCUGCCGUUCAGUCAGACGUAUGAGAUUGGGUAUCUUGCGUGGAGGAGGGAGGAGUUUCGGGAGUUUUUCCAGGGGAAGUAUGUUGCGUUGCCGCUGGCGCUUGGUGAUGGAGUUUUCUUUAACCCUGGGCUAUUCCAUGCAGCGGGGGCGAAUGUGUUGCCUGCUGAAACGGGGUUUCAUCGCAAGGCGAACCUGUUGCAGAUUAGUUCGGCGUUUGGAAAGCCCAUGGAGACUGUUGAAACGGUGCCAGUUGUACAAGCUUGCUGGGAGGGAUUGAAUCGUCGGUUUAAGGAGGCUGGUAGGGUUGAUGAGGAGUUGGGGUUGUUGGUGAGGGCUAUUGCGGAGGCGUAUCCGUUUCCGACGAAUUUGGAUAAGAGGCCUCCUGCGCCGAGUGGGAUGGCGCCGGAGAGUGAGCAGGAUAUUGUGAUUAGGGGAUUGGAGGGUGGUUGGAGUGGGGAACAGGUGGUUAAGGAAUUGUUGGAGAUGCAGGAGGAUUCUAAGUAG